GGCUGAGAUGAAUUUUUUUCCCGCCCGUCUCUCUGUCUCUCCUCUUUCAUCUCUGCCCCCCUCUUUCAUCCAUCCUCUUUCAUACGCUCCUCUCUCUCUACCUCUCUUCUCUGCCUCUCCUCCCACGACGACACUGCCACUCACCGACUACCGACCACCUCUCCUCGCCUCUUGCUGUCCUUUCUUCUCUCGACCACCAACUCUCUUUUCUCACCCUUCUCCUUCCCUGACGCCCUGUCCCGUCGCCGCCGACAACGAAGCUGUUCUUCAUAAGCUGCUAAUGCACUUGAGAUUUUAAAUUUCACACAAAUCAAUGGAAAGCCAAUUAGAAUAAUAUUUUCUCACCGAGAUCCUACCAUUCGCAAAAGUGGAUUAGCGAAUGUUUUCAUCAAGAAUUUGGAUGCAUCCAUAGACAACAAAGGAUUGCAUGAAACUUUUGCCGCUUUUGGUAGUGUGUUGUCUUGCAAGGUAGCCAUUGAUGCCAAUGGUCAAUCAAAAGGCUAUGGGUUUAUGCAGUUUGACCAGGAAAAAGCUGCACAAAAUGCAAUCAAACGGUUAAAUGGCAUGUUGAUGAAUGAUAAACAAGUUUAUGUUGGCCUUUUUGUCCGUCGCCAGGAAAGAAAGUGAAUGGAUCACCAAAGUUCACUAAUAUUUAUGUGAAAAUUUUUUCUGAGACUACUACUGAUGAGGACCUUAUGAAAAUUUUUGGGCAAGUAUGGUCCGAUCACCAGUGUAGUUGUUACGAGGGAUGCAAAUGGAAAGUCCAGAUGUUUUGGUUUUGUAAAUUUCCAGAACCCAGAUGAUGCUGCUGCUGCAGUAGAGAACUUGAAUGGGUCCUCUUUAAAUGAUGACAAAGUUUUGUUUGCGGGGAAGGCUCAAAGGAAAGCAGAAAGAGAGGUAGAAUUGAAAGCCAAAUUUUAAUAGGAAAGAAACAGUAGAUUUGAAAAAUUACAAGGUGCUAAUUUAUAUCUCAAAAAUCUUGAUGACAGCGUUACUGAUAAAAAACUGAAGGAGCUAUUCUCCAAGUUUGGAACCAUAACAUCGUGCAAGAUCAUGCUUGAUCCACAAGGGGUGAGUAAGGGUUCUGGUUUUGUGGCCUUCUCAACCUCCGUGGAAGCUACAAGAGCUAAACCUUUAUAUGUUGAAAGGAGGGCACAAUUGCAGUCAUAAUGGAAAGUUCAGCUAUGGUUAUGCAAGCUCCCUUGGAAAAAGGUCUACAAUGGAAUAUUUUUAUGAGACAAGAAUUGAUGGUGUGGAUGGAGAGAUAGUUGGUCUCUUUGGAGUUUUUGAUGAGGCCUCUGUUUUCCUUCCUCUUCGAUCAUAACCUCUUCACCACUGACUUUUCAAAGAAAAGAACAUGGCCGACGCGUUGGUUGGGGGAGCAUUUCUGUCUGCUACCCUUCAAGUGUUGUUUGAUCGGUUGGCCUCUCGCGAGGUCAUCAACGUCUUCCGGGGCCGAAAGGAUGGCGAUAGACUCCUCAAGAAGCUCAACCUAUCAUUGCUGGAACUUCGUGCUGUGCUGAAUGAUGCUGAGAACAAGCAAAUCACUAACCCAGCUGUGAAAGAGUGGGCGGAAGAGCUUAAAGAUGUCAUCUACCACGCAGAUGAUUUAGUAGAUGAAAUUGCUACCGAGGCUUUGCGCUCCAAGUCCGAAGCCGACUACCAAAGCAGCAGCAGCACUAGCAGCCACAGCCGCCUAAGCCAGGUACUAAGUUUAAUCCCUCUGACCUUGACAUCCUCUGUCUCUACUACUGCUAGUUUAUUUGAUGCGGGGAUAGAGUCCAGGUUAGAGAAGAUCAUUCAUGACUUGGAAUAUUUUGCACAAAAGAAAGAUGUCCUUGGUUUGAGAGAAGUUCGUGGACAUAAUAACUGGUUUCACAAGUCCCAAACCUCUUCUUUGGUCGAUGAAUCUGGUGUUUAUGGAAGGGAUUUUGACAAGGAGGAUGUAAUGAAGGUGCUGCUCUCCGAUGAUGAUGCGAGUGGUAGUAAUGAGAUAGGUGUGCUUGCAAUAGUGGGGAUGGGUGGGGUUGGCAAGACCACCCUUGCUCAACUUUUAUAUAAUGAUGAUAGAGUGGUUGAUCACUUUAAAAUGAAAGCAUGGGUUUGUGUCUCUGAAGAAUUUGAUGUUCUAAGCGUUACCAGAUCAAUUCUUGAGGCAGUUACUGGACAGGCUUGUGAUGCCAAGAACCUAGAUAUGAUUCAAGUCAAGCUGAAGGAGUUGUUGAGUGGGAAGAAAUUUCUUGUCGUCCUGGACGAUGUUUGGAAUGAGAACUAUGGUCACUGGGAAAGCUUGAGUCAGCCUUUUAGAUAUGGCGCACAUGGGAGUAGGAUUAUUGUUACAACACGCAAAGACAAAGUUGCAUCUGUCAUGAAAACCGUUCAUAUUCAUCGUUUGCAGAAAUUACCAUUUGAAGAUUGCUGGAAAUUGUUUGCCAAAUAUGCAUUUGAGAAGGGAGAUUCCAAUUCACAUCCAAACCUUGAAAAUAUUGGCAAAGAGAUCGUGAAAAAAUGUAAAGGUUUGCCUUUAGCUGCAAAAACAUUGGCGGGUCUUUUGCGCUCUAAACGGGAUGCUGAGGAUUGGAAUAAUGUAUUGAAAAGUGCCAUAUGGGAUUUGCCAGAGGAUAACAUUCUUCCAGCAUUAAGAUUGAGCUAUCAUUAUCUCCCUGCACAUUUAAAGAGAUGUUUUGCUUAUUGUUCCAUAUUUCCCAAAGAUUAUGAAUUUGAAAUGAGGGAAUUAGUUCUAUUAUGGAUUGCAGAAGGUUUUGUGAAGCCAAGAAGUAACACAACAAUGGAAGAAGUAGGUUAUGAAUGCUUCAAUGAAUUGCUGUCAGUAUCAUUAUUUCAGCAAAGUGCUAGAGCAUCUUGUUUUGUCAUGCAUGAUCUUGUUAAUGAUUUAGCUCAAUCUGUGUCUGGAAAUUUUUGUUUGCGGUUAGAGAAUGACAAGCCACAUAUUAUUGCUGACAAAGUACGCCAUUUCUCAUAUACUAGAGGCAGGUUUGACGACUUUCAAAGAUUCAAGGUAAUCAAUGAGGCUAAGUUUUUAAGGACGUUCCUACCUUUAGGAAGUAAAUAUAGUUGGAGCUGGUUCAGUAAAAUGGUUUUAGAUGUUAUUUUGUUGAGACUAAUUUGCUCAAGGGUGCUGUGUUUGUCACAUUAUCGGAUUUUUGAAUUGCCUCAUUCAAUUAGCAAUUUGAUACAUCUACGCUAUUUGGAUCUCUCUUACACAAAAAUCCAACAAUUGCCAGAAUCUGUUUGUGACCUGUAUAAUUUACAAACAUUGCUGCUGAUUGAGUGCCAUAAUCUUACUACCUUGCCAACAGAGAUUGGAAAAUUAAUUUUCUUGCGUCAUCUUGAUAUCAGUGGAACUCGUAAGUUAAGGGAGAUGCCAAUGCAAAUGAGUCGAUUAAAAGAUCUCCAAACAUUAACUGCCUUCGUAGUGGGAAAGUGUAGCGGGUCAGGUAUUAAUGAGUUGAAGGAGUUUUAUCAUCUUCGUGGAAGCCUCUCCAUUUCAUGUUUGCAAAAUAUAAUGAGUUGCAUGGAUGCAAUGGAAGCAAAGCUGAAGGAGAAAAAGUUCCUAGAAACAUUGGUGCUGAGCUGGGAUAGUGGAAAUCCUAGUGAUUCAGAAAGUGAAAGAGAUGUACUUGACAAACUACAACCUCAUACAAACUUGAAACACCUACAGGUAAACAGGUACCGAGGCACAAGAUUUCCGGAAUGGUUGGGAGAUCAAUCAUUCUGUAAUAUGGUGUCUUUAUCUCUGCAUAAUUGUGAGGAUUGCUUUUUCUUGCCGUCGCUUGGUCAACUGCCCUCUUUGAAACAUCUUACCAUUUCAGGGAUGCCAAGCAUAACAAAGGUGGGCCCUGAAUUCUACGGAGAUUGUUCUUUAAGCAAACCAUUUCAAUCUCUUGAGAGACUUAGUUUUUCAGAAAUGUUGGAUUGGGAGGAAUGGUAUAUAUUGGAUGAUGGAGAGUUCUCUCGUCUUCAAGAGCUUCGGGUAACCAACUGUCCGAAGCUGAUUGGAGGCUUACCCAAACACAUUCCAUCUUGGGUGAGAGUUGAGAUUAGGGACUGCCCAGGGCUUAUGGCUUCACUUCCUAGGACAUGCGCUGCAAAUCAAUUAGAAUUGCAGGGAUGCGAUAGUGUAAAAUUGGGAUGGCAAGGUUUGUCUUCUCUCGUAAAGUUGGAAAUUUCAUCUGCAAGUUUGAAGGAACUGACACCUGAACUAUAUACCUUAAUAAAUCUGAAGAAAUUGUGGAUAGAGCGAUGUCCAGACCUAUUGUUAUUUCCAGACACAAGGUUGCCGCCCAUGCUUACAGACCUUACAAUCAGUGAUUGUAGGGCUAUACGUUGUUUGCCGGAGAGAGUGAUGUGUCUCAACAGUUGCCUUAAACGUUUGUAUGUUCACGCCUGUCCGAAACUAGUUUUCCCACUAUCUGAGGAGAUGGAGAACUGCUACACAUCCUUGGAAUCUUUGCUCUUUUUAACCUGUGAUUCUCUCCCUUCCCUGCCACUAGAAUUGUUUCCGAAGCUUCAAUCUCUAACAAUCGAAGACUCUGGAAAUUUUGAGACUCUUUUGACUCUAAACAAGCUUGGAUUCCAAAAUUUCGCAUCACUCGAACUGCUUUACUUGGAUGGGUGCUCUAAUAUGGAAUCUUUUUCCCAACAAGUAGUAAUCGCUCCCAAUCUGAAAACGUUUGAACUCCGGAACUGCAAGAAACUCAAGUCGUUACCCGAUCGAAUGCAUAGCCUCACAUCUCUUCAAUCAUUGAUGAUAGGGAACUGCCCAGGAAUUGAGUCAUUUCCGGAAGGGAGCCUGCCCUCCAGCUUACAUAGUCUUCAAAUCAGGAAUUGUGCGAAACUUGUGGCUCGGAGGAGAGAGUGGGGUUUGCAAAGACUCCCUUCUCUUACACGCCUUUCAAUCGCAGGUGAAUAUGUAGAAGAUGUGCUAGAGUCGUUUCCGGAGGAGGGUCUGUUGCCCUCGACUCUCGUAUGGCUCGAGAUCAGCGACUUAUCAAAUCUCAAAUCGCUGAACAACAGGGGCCUUCAACAUCUUGGCUCUCUCAAAUACAUGAGGAUUGCGGAGUGCCCUCAACUCCAAUCCUUGCCGGAAGAAGGGCUUCCAACAUCCCUCUUUCUGCUGGAAAUCUUGGAGUGUCCAUUGUUGAAACCUCGUUGCCUAAGGGAGGAAGGACAAGACUGGCAUAAGAUUGCUCGCAUCCCCUUACUACAUACGGAUUCUGAACUCAGCUUUGAUCAACGCACUCUCGCUCCAACACAACAUUACUCUCUGUAUUCCGAAAGCAGUUGGUAGUCAGAAAUCUUCUCAACGUUCUAGUCAG